AUGCCUGUCUCAUCCAACUUCCCACUAUCUUCCCCACGUGAAAAGCAGUCUCCGAUCGCGGCGAAGGAAUUAGACACCGCCGCAUUUGAAGUAUCUACUUGCCAAAUAAAUCCAUCAAUUGAGAAAUCUCUGCUUAAGAAGCUUGAUUUGCAUGUUGUUCUACCACUCAUGAUCUUGUUUGUUCUCGCUUUUCUCGACAGGGUCAAUAUUGGUAACGCAAAGAUACAAGGGAUGACCGAGGAGUUAAAGAUGGUGGGAAAUGAUUUUAAUGUUGCUCUCAUGGUUUUCUUCCCGUCCUAUAUCUUGUUUGAAUUUCCCUCCAAUCUAAUCCUUCGCCGCCUCCCACCAUCACUCUGGUUGACUAUUAUAAUGACACUUUGGGGAAUCAUAACAGUCUGUCAAGGUCUAGUGCGUAGCCAGAGUGCAUUGGUUGGUCUGCGGUUCCUCCUCGGACUCUUUGAGGCUGGUUUCUCUCCCGGCGCUGUCUACCUGAUUUCCAUGUACUACAAACGUUAUGAAUUGCAGUGGCGCCUUAGUCUUUUCUUUGCGGCCUCGAUUCUUUCUGGGGCCUUUGGAGGUCUCUUUGCUUAUGCUCUAGCUCACAUGAACGGCAUUGGUGGUUAUAGUGGGUGGCGCUGGAUUUUCAUAAUCGAAGGGCUUCUCACCAUUGUUGUUGCUCUCUCCUUCAAAUUCCUGGGUAUUCUAGUCGAUUGGCCCGAAACUGCAUCUUUCCUCACAUCAUCGGAACGGGAAAUGUUAAUCCAACGAUUAAAAGAUGACAUGGGAGAAGAUACCCAGCUUAACACGUUGAAUAAAGAAUCUUUGAAGAGGAUAUUGAGUGAUUGGAAAAUCUACGUAGGAAUCUUUAUGUAUAUGGGAGUUGUAAAUACUGGUUAUGCUACUAGUUUUUUCAUUCCGACAAUCAUUCAGGAAAUGGGAUAUACAGCGAUUGGUAGUCAGGUCAGAACUAUCCCUAUAUAUUGCGUGGCUACAACGACGGCAUUUUGGCCCUCAACCCUCUCGACCUUGAUUCUUCUGCAUUGUCUUGUAAUAGCAUACUUGACCGAUCGUCUUCAGCAUCGCUUCGCCUUCACGAUCGCUGGAGUCGCGGUUGGUAUCAUUGGCUACGUGAUCCUUCUUUGCCAGUCGCACGUCUCGACCGGUGUGAAAUACAUGGCUUGUUUCUUCAUAACUACGGGCGGAUAUAUGACGCAGCCAGUCACUUGGGCAUGGUUGGCUAACAAUAUGGCAGGCCACUACAAACGCUCCAUUUCCACCGCCCUUCAAAUAGGCGUGGGUAAUAUCGGCGGCAUUGUCGCGUCCAACAUCUUCAUCACAAAUCAAGCGCCGAAAUAUCCUGUGGGAUAUGGAGUCUCUCUGGGAUUGUUGGUCAUGUGUGGAAUCAUGUGUACGGUUUUCUUCUUCGGAUUGAAGAGAGAAAAUGGGAUUAGAGAUAGGGGAGGGAGAGAUUAUAGGUUUGGGGAAGAUGAGGAGAGGCGGAGGUGGAAUAGAGAAGUGGGAAGGAAGAAGAGGGGAAUUGGGGGGAUGAUUGGCCGGGGUUUAGGUUUGUUUUAUAGGCUGGGUUGGAAGGGUGUUUGGGUGUAA